AUGACAAAUAACAAACAAGAAGAAGAAGGAAGAACCAAAAUAUUGGUAGAUUCAGAGGAACUGAAAGCAUUGACACAAGAAAGAGAUGUGGAACAUCAAAGAGUUCAUUAUUUGCUCUUUCAUAAAUUCGAAUCGAUCACUGAUACAUUGAUAAAGGGUGCAGCUGUUGGAGCAGGUGUUGGUGUGGCUGUUGGUUUAUUGACACCUCUUGCCAUUAGAAACACUGAUCGUGUCACUUCACUGUUAAAGUCGGUGGUCAAUUUCUCAUUCAUCGGUGUUGUCUACCAAGGCACUUCAUAUGCACUCGAUCGUUCUAUUGCCGUUCAACCAGUGGCAAACUCUUUUAUAUCGGGUGGUGUAUCAUGUGCUGCCGCCUCAAUGAUAUUGACAGGUGGUGCUGCCAGUGGACUUCGAGGUGGAUUCAUUGGAUCUCUCAUGUUUGGUGCUGCCACUCUAACCAAACGAUUCAUCAAUCAUGACAAUACCCGUACCCUUAGAGACGACAAGGAUAAAUUGGGUGAAAUUAAAUAUAUCCUUUCAAGACAUGUAAUCAAUCUAUCACCAGAAGAGAAAACUUUACUCCAUCAAUUAUCUUCAACUGUUCAUAAACAUCAUCACAAAUCAACCGCGUCACCAACUAAUAAUAAUAAUAAAAAAGAGGAAGAAGAAGAUUCCAAAUAA